GGGGAGGGGCCGCCGCGGCGGCCGCCGGUCCCAGGGAGUCUGCGGGGCGCGCGGGGCGCCCGGGGCGCUCGUCCCCCUCCUCCGUGUUGGGGCCCCGGGAGCGGGGUGAGCGCUCCUGAUAGCGCUGCAGGGCCACUGGCCAUGUCGCUGCCCGGGGCCGUUGGGGGCGCGACCUGGCGUUGUCCCGGUCGCCUCUUCGCCUGUCAUUUCUCCCACGCGGCGCGGCGUGGGGAGCGGCCGGGCGGGGGGGAGCUGAGCCGCCUGCUCCUGGAUGACCUGGCGCCGACCUCGCGGUCUUCGGGGGGACUGGAGCUUCUGUUUGGCCUGUCCCCUUGUCUCCUGGCCUUGCGGGCCGCCCGUCGCCGGGUGGCCAGGCUCCUGCUCCAGGCCGGCAGAUCCGGGUUGCAAGGGGAGCGGGCCGAGCUGCUCCGGGAGGCAGAGGCGCGGGACAUCCCAGUUCUGCGGCCCAGACGGCGGAAGCUGGACGCCCUGUGCCGCCAUCAGGUGCACCAGGGCGUGUGCAUGGAGGUGAGCCCGCUGAAGCCUCGGCCUUGGACUGAGGUCGAAGAGGCGAGGCCGGGCGACGACCCCCGGCGGCUGUGGCUCGUCCUCGAGAGGCUCCAGGAUCCCCGGAAUCUUGGGGCCGUGCUGCGUUCUGCUCACUUCCUCGGAGUGGAUAAAGUCAUCACCAGCGGGAGAAACAGCUGCCCGCUCACUCCGGUAGUCAGCAAGGCCAGCGCAGGGGCUAUGGAGGUGAUGGACGUGUUCUCCACCGAGGACCUGGCCGGCUUUCUACAGGCCAAAGCCCGGCAGGGCUGGCUCGUGGCUGGCACGGUGGCCUGCCCAAGGCCUGAGAUGUCCCCAUCCUCUGAGAUCCCCAUCACUAGCUGCUUGGAGUUCCUCUGGGACCAGCCUACUCUCCUAGUGCUGGGUAAUGAGGGCUCUGGUCUGUCCCAGGCGGUGCAGGCAUCCUGCCAGCUACUCCUUACCAUCCUGCCCGGCCGGCAGCUGCCUCCUGAACUCGAGUCCUUGAAUGUCUCCGUGGCUGCAGGAAUUCUUCUUCACUCCAUUUGCUGCCAGAGGAAAGAUUUCCCUAUGGGGAGGAAGAGAGAACACCUGCUCCAAGACCCCCGGGAACCCUCAGCCACAUCAGAAGGGCCUGGGCUGGCACAGCACCCGGGACUAUCCUCAGGAUCAGAAUGAGAGAGACAAAAUGGGAGCUGACUUGGACUGAGCUGUGUGUGCCGGAGGGCAUGCAUACCCACAUGCUUGAAUGUGCUGAAGUCUCUUGCCUCAGUGUGCAACCAGGCCCCUGGUAUUUUUUUUUUUUUAAGAUUUUAUUUAUUUACUCAUGAGAGACACACGAAGAGAGACAGAGACACACACAGGGGGAGAAACAAGCUCUUCACAGGGAGCCCGAUAUGGGACGCAAUCCUCAGACCCUGGAUCAUGCCCUGAGCUGUAGGCAGGUGCUCAACCACUGAGCUGCCUAGGCGUCCCUAGGCCCCUGUUUAUUAACCACUGUCUUGGUGUGCAGCGAGCUCUGUAGUAGAGACCAGAGGAGAGCUUUUAAUUUUGGGCUUAUGGUUAGAGGGGGCAGCUUGUUAAUAAUCUCUAAGAUGAAAAAAAAAAAAAAUCUCUAAGAUGUGCUGGGAGAGAGGGUCUCUGCUCCUGGGCCCUGCCUGGAAGACAAGAAGGGAAUCAGGCAGCCAAGUCCAGGUGUCCUGUUCCUCUGGAACCCGUGUGAGAAUGUAGAGGGAAGCCCGGGUUCCUCUUGUGGACUAGAUGGGUGCAAAUCCAGGCUCAAACCCUGUCCUAGUGGGGACCUUGAGCACAUGGCUCCAUCCUUCUGGGCCUUGGAGCCCUUGUUGGCACCUCCCUCCCCAGGGCUCUUUGUGAGAAUCAAAUAAAAUCACCUGGGCCGUCCUGUCCCAUUCCUCCACUAGGUGGCAGCCUCGCUCUUUGAGCCACAGUUUUCUGGAAGCUUUUACAGCCACCUGGGGGAGAUUCUUGGUGGUGGCCCCCAGAGAGGUGAGGGAAAGAUUAGCCAGCAGCUCUUACCUCACUGGCCCUCCAGAACCCCUCACCAGCCACUCAUUAGUCAGUGCAUCUCCAAGAAAGGAACUGAUGAAUCAGAGUCCUGGUCAAGCAGAGCGUUGCUGUUUACUGUACAACCCAGAUAGGUUUGGUCCUCCUCCCACAGGACCCCACAAAUGGAGCAGAAGCCCCCAGUAUAGUAGUUUAGAGCAGUCCUGGCUGCACAUUGGAACCAUCUGGUAAACUCAAAAACAACUAACACUGGGGACCAACCCCAGAGACUCUGGUGUAAAUGGUCAGGGGGCAGCCUGGGUAUCAGGAUUCUUAAAGCCCCCAAAUGAGUCUGAGGCAUAGCCCAGGCUGAGAACCACUGGAGCAAGGUUUCUGGACUUCAGUAGUGACACCCUAGGCCAGAUAACUUUCUGGUGUGACGGCUUGGCCUGUGCGGUGUAGGAUGUUCAGCAACAUCCCUGGCUUCUACCCCACUGGAUGCCAGUAGCACCCCUGUCCCUUGUUGUGACAACCAAAAAUGCCUCCCGACAUUGCCAAAGGUCCCCUGGAAGACAAUUGCCCCUAGUUGGGAAGCACUGCUCCAGAGCAUGGAUCUGGAGGACAGCAACCUAAGUUCAAGUCCUGAUUGCUGUGUGAUCGUAGGCAGGUUCCUUUCCCACUGGAGCCCCCAUCUCCUCGUUGGAGAAUGGGGAUCAUCCUACCUUUCCAAGUUGUGGGACAAUAGAGAGGGCAAUGUGAGCUGGGUGCCUCCCACCCGGUGGUGCUCGAUAAAUAGUACCAUUCUUUUCUCUUUGGAAUGAAUUGAUCUUGGAAUUUUGAUGGGGAUGCCAAUUUAGAAAGACAUUAGGAGGGUCUAAGAUGCCUCUAAAGGUUUUUCCUCUCAAGAAAGAGGAAGAGGGGCACCUGGGUGGCUCAGCGGUUGAGGGUUUUGCCUUUGGCUCAGGUCAUGAUCCCAGGGGGCUGGGAUCCUGGUGAGGAGCCUGCUUCUCUCUCAGCCUGUGUCUCUGCCUUUCUCUCUCUUUCUCUCUCUCUCUCUCUCUCUCUCUCUCUCUCUCUCUCUGUCUCUCAUGAAUAAAUAAAGUCUUUUUAAAAGAGAAAGAAGAAGAAACCCUUUCAUAAAACUCCAUAGAUCAGGGUUGAGGAUGUAUGUGGUGGUGGUAACAGCUUUAAUAUUCCAGAUGCCCAGAGGCAUCAAGCUGAUUAGAUCAGAAUCUCUGGGGAAGGAGACCGGUCCCAUGUUUCUUAGGGCUCCCCAGUUGACGCCACUGUGUCACCAGGUUCGAGAAUCACUGGUCUUUGAAACCACGUUCUCGUGUCCAAAAAACUGCUUCUAAAUCAUUCACACCUGUGUUUUUUUUUAAGAUCUUAUUUAUUUACUCAUGAGCGACACAGAGGCAGAGGGAGAAGCAGGCUCCCCGUGGGGAGCCCAAUGCGGGACUCGAUCUCAGGACCCCAGCAUCACGCCGUGAGCCAAAGGCAGAUGCUCAACCACUGAGCCACCCAGGUGCCCCCACACCCACGCUUUUGAGUGCAUGUCUGAAAGCUUGGGCCAGUUAACCUUUCAUCUGUGCCUAAAGGUUCUUAGAAGGUGCUGCAUCCAGCCCUGGCUCCACAGCUUUUGGCCUGGAUAGCUUCCCAGCCUCCUCAUCUGUAAAAUAGGGACAGUGCCUUCAGCACUUGCCCCAGUACCCACCCCCCGACAAGGAUUUGUAAGAAUAAAGAGAGUAUCAGCAAAAACAUUCUGUAAACCUAAGUGUUGUGCACCCCAGGACUAGCAUGUGAUAAUACAGACGUGGCUGUAACAGCUCAGUUUAGAUAUCAAGUUGCCUGGGCCAUGGGAUACCCAGCUGUUUGGCCAAACCUUAUUCCAAACCUUAAAAGUUAUUCCAAGUGUUUCUGUGAAGGUGUUUUUUGGAUGAGAUGAACAUUUAAAUUGGUAGACUGAGGGGCACCUGGCUGGCUCAGUCUGAAGAACAUGUGACUCUUGACCUUGGGGUUGUAAGUUCGAGCCCCACGUUGGGUGUAGAGAUUAUUAAUAAAUAGAUCACUAAUAAACUUUAAAUUGGUAUACUGAGUAAGGGAGAGAGCGCCCUUUCCAGUGUGGGCAGGCCUCAAUCAAAGGCCUGAAGGGGGUUGUGGUGGGAAGGCUGACACUCCCCUGAUAAGAAUUCUUCCUGCCUUUUGGAACCGAAACAUGGGCUCUUUUCUGGUCUUGAGCCUGCUGGUGGCCUUCAGAUGGGAACUGUGUCAUCAGCUCUCCCGGGCUUCCAGCUUGCUCCCUCAACCCUGCAGAGCUGGGACAUGCCAGUCUUAUAAUCAAGUGAGCCAAGUCUUCAUAAUAAGCAAAUGUGUAUACAUGUGUAUACAGAUAGGGAUAUGGGUAUGCAUCACUUGUUGGUUCUGUGUCUCUGGAGAAUCCAGAUUUGUAGACUUGAUGGAAAUUAACUGAGAUGUCCUGGUGUUCCCUCCAUGCGGCAGUACAGAAUUGAGCUCUGCUCUCUAGGACCAAACCCAGCAUGAAACCUGGAAGCUGUGGUUGGGGGUACUCGGGGUUCAGAGGCUGUUCUUCUGCCCACGGACUCUCAUGUAGUGUCUGGAACCUAAUCUACCCUGCUUUGGGCACGGUGUUCAUCACUUUUCCAGAUCCCAAGAGUCUGAGCCAUCUAGAGGGCCACUCUCUAAAGUGCCACUCUGGGGGCUAAGAGCCAAGCACAGGGGGCUCCUCCCUGCUUCAUCCCUUGGGCAACAGGCUGUCUGGCCUCUGGGAAGUCAGGAUCACUUGAACCAAAGGGGAUUGAGGCCGUGAUUACCUGCCAUGCGCACAUAGGUAUGUAAUUAUGUGACGCAAACCAGGCAUUAAGACAAAGAGAAAGCACCUGAGAGCCUAAGGUGAAGGAGAAGUCUGGAUUUCCUUGGGGUGGCCUCUGGUCGCUGACACAGGGCAGUGCCUGGCACAGAGACUGCUCAGCAAGCAUGAUUGAGUACACAGGACCCGGGGUGUCCGUGGCUGUGGGUAUGAAGGGGGGCUGGUUGGGGUCCGUCCCCUGCAGGGCAGGGUCAGAAUGAAGCCAGAGGGGAGCAGUGGUGGUUAAGAACAUGACCCUGGCCGUGAAGUAGUGCUUGCUUUGAGUUCCAACUCAGACUUGCUCAUAGUGUAAAUAUGGACAGAUCCCUUAACUUUUCCGAUAGCCUCCACUUCAGAGGGUCGGGGUGCAGAUCAAAUGAGCUCAUGCAUGUAAAGCCCUCAGUCCAGUCCUGGAGGAGCAUGGCAGCUGUUCUUGCAGCAUCUGAGGGCAUGGGCUCUGCCGUCCUACCAACCUGGCCUCAAUUUCCCCAUAGACUAGGGCCUAUUUCAGCUGCAACAUGCGAUUUACCUCUGAGAGCAGCUGGAGGGAGCUGGAGAGGGAGGGGGUUGGAAUGACAUUGGCAAGCUCCUCCUUUGUCAGGGCUCCCCAGCCAAGAGGGGAAGGGUCCCAGAAGGCUGGUAUUCCAGAAUAGCUAAAUUGUGGCCAGCACCCCAGCCCCCUCCGGGGCUGCAAUUUUUUUUGGCCGGAGGUUAAAUUGCCAGCUCCCUCCCCCAGGCUGAGGUCCUAAAUUAGACCCUCCCCCAUCACUCUUGCAGGGCCAGGCGCCAGGGAUCCCCACAGUUUGUAAAUGUAAUCAACCUUGAGGUCUCCGACUUCCACAGGUGCAAUUAGCAUGCCCAUCUGCUAAUCCCUGAUUAAUGAUGUUUACAAACAUGGGACUCCACUCACAGAGCUGCUCAACCCCUCCCUCCAGGACCAGGAGGGAGGAGUCUUCUAACAGCACCCCCUCUACACACACACACACACACACACACACACACACACACACACACACUAGGCCAAUGACCCUCUCCAUCCCUUUCCCCAGGCAGUGGGUAGAGCUGGAGGUCCCUCCCUGGAGCCCCCUCACCCAACUCUCUUUGCACACAUAUGGAAAGAAGACCGGAAGAGCACAUAGGGACAGUAUGAGGCUCAGUGAUAGGGCUAGGAUCCUCUUCUUCCCUUUGUCUCUCUAGUUCUGGAAUCUCUGGAUGCAGGGUGAGCUUGCUGCCUUUCUUGUACCACACCAGCUCCAGCUCUGCGGCCACACGUAUAGGCCUCCCAGCAUGGAGCUGUGAGCCCACCCCCAGUGUCCCAACAGUCCAGCUCCUCUGCCUGUCUCCAGACGGGGGAGCAUUCCCACUCCAUCUACCUUCCUACUGAGGAAUUUGGUGGGGCCAUGCUAUGAGGCACGUAGUAAAGGCAUUAGGAACGGAGACUUCUGGGAGACAGAACAUGGAAGACUCCUAACUCUGGGAA